CCUGUCCUAAACUAAGCCAGGCCUCUGGUUAUUGGUCCCUAUAAAUAAGAGUGGUCUAGCAUGAGCUACAGUUGGACUGAACUAAGAAUGGAGUUUAGGAGAGCAUUGGUAAGUGGGUUCUUGGUUUUAUGUGUUCUGGGUGCGGGAGGUGAGGUGCUGAAAGGCUCAGCGCCUUGUGAGUUUCCAGCAAUCUACAACUUUGGGGACUCAAAUUCGGACACUGGCGGCAUAUCAGCAGCUUUUGACCCCAUUCGUGCGCCAUAUGGUGAGGGAUUCUUUCAUAAACCAGCUGGAAGGGACUCAGAUGGCCGCCUCCUCAUAGACUUCAUAGCUGAGCAUCUAAGGCUACCAUACUUGAGUGCAUACUUGAAUUCACUUGCAACAAAUUACGGACAUGGUGCAAAUUUUGCCACGGGAGGAUCAACCAUAAGAAGGCAAAACGAGACCAUAUUCGAAUAUGGGAUUAGUCCAUUCUCUCUUGACAUCCAGAUUGUGCAAUUUGAACAGUUCAAAGCACGCACUAGUGAUCUCUACAACCAAGCCAAGACACCCUCGGAAAGAAGCAAGCUACCUAGGCCUGAGGACUUCUCCAAGGCUCUUUACACAUUUGAUAUCGGCCAGAAUGAUCUUUCCGUCGGUUUUCGAAAGAUGAACUUCGACCAACUUCGUGCAGCAAUGCCAGACAUUGUCAACCAAUUAGCCACAGCAGUCCAACACAUAUAUAAACAAGGGGGGAGGACAUUUUGGAUACACAACACAGGGCCAUUUGGAUGCUUGCCAGUGAACAUGUUUUACAAUCUUAAUCCAGCGCCUGGCUAUCUUGACGAGCAUGGCUGCGUCAAGAAUCAAAACGUCAUGGCUGUAGAGUUCAACAGGCAGCUCAAGGACAGAGUGAUCAAACUAAGGGCAGAGCUACCAAAUGCCGCAAUAACUUAUGUGGAUGUCUAUGCUGCGAAGUAUGGACUAAUCAGCAAUGCAAAGAAUGAAGGAUUUGCCGAUCCGCAAAAGGUCUGCUGUGGGUAUCAUGUGAACUACAGCCAUGUCUGGUGUGGGACAAAACAAAGCAUAAAUGGGAUUGAAAUCUAUGGUGCUUCUUGUGGAAAUCCUUCACAGUAUAUUAGCUGGGAUGGCGUACACUACUCUGAGGCAGCUAGUCAAUGGUUUGCUAAUCAUAUACUUAAUGGUUCCCUGUCAGACCCACCAAUUCCAAUUACCCAAGCAUGUCAAAGGCGUUAGGCAUCAGAGUGAAAAUGUCGGGAAUUAGUACUAUUGGAGUAUCACAAGAAUAAAAAUUGAAAGUCUUGAGAAGUUCAAUCUCUAGCUACUACCAGAUAGAAACCAGAAACUAAGCUCAUUCACUGUGUUUUUAAAUCAUGGCAUUUGCCUCAGUUGCUGAUCAAAAAUUGAAGAAACAAAAGUGAUCGCAGUAUUUGCAAAUGGGCUGCUGAUUUAGUCUUAUGAUCUCUACUGUGCUACUUUCUUUUUGUUCCAUUAUUAUGCUUAAGAUAACAUAAAUGCCAAAACUAGUCUGAGACUUGCAUUACUUUUGCUCAUUGUGCUAA